CAUGAGUCGUCAAUCAUAGACCCUCCCUUCACCACCAGCACCGGACAUGCGCCAAUAGAUCCGCCCACCCAUUCCCACUCACUCAUUCCACCACUCCUUCACCACCGCCAUGCUCCUCUUCUCCGUCCUGGCACUCGUCUGCCUCCUCCCCCUCCUCGCCCUCGCCGCCGAAGACUACUACACCCUCCUCGGCGUCGACAAAUCCGCGUCCGAACGCGACCUCAAAAAGUCCUACCGCCGCCUGUCCAAAAAAUACCACCCGGACAAAAACCCCAACAAUGAAACCGCCGCCAAAAAAUUCGUCGAAGUCUCCGAGGCCUACGAAACUCUCUCGGAUAAAGAACUCCGCCGGAUUUAUGACGCCCAUGGCGCGGAGGGCGUUAAACAACAUAAAGAGCGGGGAGCGGGGGGUGGAGGUGGUCGUAACCCGUUCGACAUGUUUAGUCAAUUCUUCGGUGGGGGUGGACAUUUCCAUGGUUCUGGACAGCGUCGAGGACCGAAUAUGGAGUUGCGGGUGGACACGCCGUUGAGGGACUUUUACACGGGCGCGGAUCAUGAGUUUUCGGUGGAGAAGCAGGUCAUCUGUGAGAAGUGCGAGGGUUCCGGCUCGGCGGACGGAGAGCGCGAUACGUGUGGGAAAUGUCGAGGGCAAGGGAUGGUUAUUCAGAAACAGCAGCUCAUGCCGGGGAUUUACCAGCAAGUGCAGAUGCAGUGCGAUGCGUGUGGUGGGAAGGGAAGCACGGUGAGACAUAAGUGUCCGCACUGUCAUGGUGAGAGGGUGUUGAGGUCGCAAGAGCAGUUUGACCUUUCGGUGGAGAAGGGGAUGCCCAGAGGGGCGCGGGUGGCGUAUGAGAAUGAGGGAGAUGAGAGUCCCGACUGGGCGGCGGGAGACUUGCUGGUUUCGAUCCAUGAGCAGACGCCGAAAGUCGCGGACGAUGAGAAGCAUAGGACAGAUGGGACAUUCUUCCGUCGGAAAGAUCGGAAUCUUUUUUGGAGAGAGGUUCUCUCACUACGGGAAGCGUGGAUGGGCGACUGGACGAGGAAUCUCACCCAUCUCGACGGUCAUGUGGUGCAGCUAUCGCGAAAGCAGGGCGAAGUCGUGCAGCCUGGGACGGUGGACGUGAUUCCUGGCGAAGGAAUGCCAGUGUGGAAAGGAGGCGGCGAGCAGUAUGAAGAACGAGCGAGGGCGUCGGGAGCAGUCGAGAAGGACGACGGAUAUCUGUACGGCGCGCUGCAUGUGGAGUAUGUGGUGGUCCUGCCGGAUCAGAUGGAUAGCGGCAUGGAGAAGGAGUUUCGGAGUACGUGGGACAAGUGGCGGAAGAAGAGCGGCGUGGACCUUCAUAAAGAUAGUGGACGACCGGCGCCGGUGAUGCAUGAUGAGUUGUAG